AUGAGUGAAAUAGGCUCUCGUUUGCCAACUUUUGAAAUCAAUAAAGAGACAGACACUGAUAGUGACAACAAAGAUAACUCUGGUUUAGAUCCAAAAUCUAACACUACAGUGAAUAUAGAAAAAAAAAAUGGAACAUCUGAAGGACACCAUAUAGACGGCUUUGAAACUAUUGAUAACACUUUACCCAAAUACCACAGAAGAAGACUGUCAUCUUUGAACGAAUUCCAUGAUCCGUUCUCAAAUGCUGAAAUAUAUUAUGGGCCUGAAGUUGACCCAAGUAAAUUAAAAAAUACCGGCAAUACUACUUUCAAUGAUGGUAAUAUAUUGCAAUCUCCGUUAGGGAGAGUAUCAACUGCAAAAAGGUUUGCAACUAAUCCAAAAUUCAACAGAACCAGAACAAUGAGUGUCAUAGAUAAUGUCUCACAUUUCAAGACGAAUUUAGAUAGGUAUAGUUUUGGACAACAACACAAAGAGCCUGCAACAAUAAAUACUACUGAAGAUGUAUCAGACCAAGUGAAACCCCAACAUGAGGUUGAAAAGACUACGCACUUAUUGCAGAGAAGAGGCUCGGAAGAUGAUAUAAUUAUUAGCAGCCAGGGAAAUCGUAGAUUUUUUAUCGAAGAUGUCGAUAGGACACUGCAUGAGUUACUUCAAAAUGAAGAUACUGAUGCAAAUUGUCAAAUUACCAUUGAAGAUACAGGGCCAAAGGUUCUUAAAGUUGGUUCUGCCAAUUCCUUUGGAUUCCAGAAAAUAAGUAUCAGAGGUACCUAUAUGCUCUCAAAUUUACUUCAAGAAUUGACUAUAGCUAAGAGCUUCGGGAGAUCACAGAUAUACUUGGAUGAAGCAAGAAUAAAUGAAAAUCCAGUUAAUCGGUUAUCUAGGCUAAUUGAACAUCAGUUUUGGAACUCCUUAACAAGACAUAUUGAUUUGCAUACGAUUGGUAAAAUUGCCCAGGAUUCAAAAGUUCAGACAAAAAAUGUUAAGAGUAAUCCCAGAAUUUAUGUUCCUUAUAAUAAUGAGGAUCAAUAUGAGUUCUUUUUACAGGCAUCUCAGAUGGACCCUUCAUUGAAAUUAGAAGUAGAAUAUUUACCAAAACACAUUACACCAACUUAUGUAAAGUCACUUAAUGACACUCCUGGUCUAUUAUCAUUAGCUAUGGAGAAACAUUUUGAUCCAAGCACAGGUGAAAUGACUCUAUCUGGUUAUCCAUAUGCUGUUCCAGGAGGUCGAUUUAAUGAAUUAUAUGGUUGGGAUUCUUACCUUAUGGCGCUGGGAUUAGUUGAGAAUGGCAAAGUAGAUGUUGCUAAAGGAAUGGUUGAACAUUUUAUUUUUGAAAUUGAUAAUUAUGGCAAAAUCUUAAAUGCCAAUAGAAGUUAUUAUCUAUGUAGAUCACAGCCACCUUUUUUGACUGAUAUGGCAUUGAUAGUUUUUAAUAAAAUUGGUGGAGAGAACAAUCCUCAAGCUAUUAACUUCUUAAGAAGGGCAUUUAAGGCUGCCAUUAAAGAAUAUAAAAAUGUUUGGACAGCAAGUCCUAGAUAUGAUGAGGAAACAGGUUUAUCUUGUUAUCAUCCUGAUGGUGAAGGUAUUCCUCCAGAAACGGAACCAGGUCACUUCAAUACAAUAUUGGCACCUUAUGCAGCGAAAUACAAUGUUACCAUAGAGGAGUUCAGAUCUUUAUAUAAUGAUAAAAAAGUGAAAGAACCAGCUUUAGAUGAAUUUUUUUUACACGAUAGAGGUGUCAGAGAAUCAGGACAUGACACUACCUAUCGAUUUGAAGGUGUCUGUGCUUAUUUGGCAACCAUCGACUUAAAUGCUCUUCUGUAUAAAUACGAAACAGAUAUAGCCAAAGUUAUUGAAAAAUAUUUCGAUGAUUCAUAUUUUGAUCCUAGUGACAAUACUGACAGUUCGUCAUCGUAUUGGAGGCAGCGGGCUAGGAAACGUAAAGCAACGAUAGAGGAAAAACUAUGGGAUGAAGAAAAAGGAUUUUAUUUUGACUAUAAUAUCAAAUUAAAACAAAGAACUACCUUUGAAUCUGCAACGACCUUUUGGGCAUUAUGGGCAGGAUUAGCAACUCCAGAAAAAGCUCAAAGGAUGGUCGAAAAAGCUCUACCAAAAUUAGAAGUUUUAGGUGGUUUAGUUGCAUCUUCAGAGGAGUCAAGAGGCCCUUUAUCUGUUGAUAGACCUUCUAGACAAUGGGAUUACCCAUAUGGCUGGGCUCCACAUCAAAUAUUUGCAUGGGAAGGGCUUACAAAAUAUGGAUACAGAGGUAUAUCAACUAGGCUAUCAUACAGAUGGUUAUAUAUGAUGACCAAAGCAUUUGUUGAUUAUAAUGGUAUUGUCGUUGAAAAGUACGAUGUCACAAGAGGCAUUGAUCCACAUAAAGUAGAUGCAGAAUAUGGUAAUCAAGGUGCAGAUUUUAAGGGCGUGGCAACAGAAGGAUUCGGAUGGGUAAACUCGAGUUAUAUUCUGGGAUUAAAAUACAUGAAUAACUAUGCUAGAAGAGCGUUAGGAGCGUGCAUUGCACCUUCAUCCUUUUUUAAAAGACUAAAAGAUUCGGAAAAGAAAUUAUACAGUUUAAAGUAG